CUCAGUUCUGGUUCUAGUUAUUGUUUCCAUUAUAAUUAUCUCCAUGGUUCUUAUUGUUGGUAUUGUUGAUAUUUUCUUGUGAGGGUCUUCGCCAACUUUUUCUUCCUGGUUCUCCCCCCUUCACCCCUCCACCUUUAACUCUUACAGACCCAAACAUCUUCAACACCUUCUUCUUUCUUGCCCCCCCCCAUGUCAGGUCUAGCAUCGAUAUGUGGUUCAACAAAACUCAUAAUAAAGACAGUAGAAUAUCAAGGGGAGCUUCAUACACUUUAUGAAGUUUCCUUUGGUAAAGUAAAUGUGUUCAUCCCCAACAGGAGCCAGACGACCAUUCUGCUGUUAGGAUGAUGGACAAGUGGAACCCAGGGCUCCUGAAUAUUUUGAAAUUAUUUAUUAUUAUAGAAUUUCCAAGAUGAAUGAAAAAUGCAACUGGAAGUAUUCUGAUUGUGUUUAUCUAUUUUAUUUUUUGUGCGUGCCUGCACUACCUGUGUAGCUGGAAAGUCACGGUAUCGUGAGAUUCGAGCACCAAUCAGAGCAGAGCUGAGGCAUCAAACGGAAGUAGAGCCGACAGGUAGAGGAAGUGAGAGAGAGAAGACGGUAGAGUGAGCUGUGGAGUGGACGGCAAACAUGGAGUCACAGAGCUGUUAUAGAGGUCUACUGAGGACGAGAGAAAGGGAAAAGAAAGGAGAAGUGAACCAAACUCCUGAAUUGGCCAGGUUUUUUCCUGUGAUUGGAAACCCCGAUGGAGAGCUAGGAACAAAAAGAAGAACUAGGAUCUGCUGAAGUGAACUGAUCUGAUCUACCAGCAUAUGAAUGGUUGCAUGCAGAAAACAGCGGUUGUAUCGACAGUGGAAUAUUACAGCUCAAAUAUGUGAAGGCAUGUGACGCAGAACACUAACCACAGCAGAGGAGGUGAGGAGAUAAGAAUGAGGUUGAACUGACUGAUGUUCUGAGAAGAGAGACCGUGAAGAAGACUGAGACCAGAGACCAGCACGGGACUGGAAAUGGACCUCAGACUGAUGGUCAUCUGGAUGUCCUUCUGGGUCAGAGUGUGUCUCCUCUUCACCUCAUCUUUACCUGCUGCAGGAGUUCAGAUCAGACUGGUUGGUUCUGGUUCUACUCGGUGCUCUGGUAGGGUUGAGGUCUUCCAUGGUGGUACCUGGGGAACAGUCUGUGAUGAUGGAUGGGACUUAAAUGAUGCUCAGGUGGUUUGUAGACAGAUGAACUGUGGGACGGCAGUAACUGCCCCAGGCUCCGCCCACUUUGGUCCAGGUUCUGAUCCAACCUGGCUCCAUGAUGUGGCCUGUUCAGGAAAUGAGAGUUCUCUGACUGAGUGUCCACACCCAGGAUUUGGAACAGAGGACUGUGAACACGAUGAGGACGCUGGUGUCAUUUGUUCAGGUUCUCACAUCAGACUGGUUGCUCCUGGUUCUACUCGGUGCUCUGGUAGGGUUGAGGUCUUCCAUGGUGGUACCUGGGGAACAGUCUGUGAUGAUGGAUGGGACUUAAAUGAUGCUCAGGUGGUUUGUAGACAGAUGAACUGUGGGUCGGCAGUGCGUGCCCUAGGCUCCGCCCGCUUUGGUCGAGGUUCUGGUCCAACCUGGCUCGAUGAUGUGGACUGUUCAGGAAGUGAGAGUUCUCUGACUGAGUGUCCACACCCAGGAUUUGGAACAGAGGACUGUGAACACGAUGAGGACGCUGGUGUCAUUUGUUCAGGAUCUCACAUCAGACUGGUUGGUCCUGGUUCUACUCGGUGCUCUGGUACAGUUGAGGUCUUCCAUGGUGGUACCUGGGGAACAGUCUGUGAUGAUGGAUGGGACUUAAAUGAUGCUCAGGUGGUUUGUAGACAGCUGAACUGUGGGACGGCGCUGAGUGCCCUAGGCUCCGCCCACUUUGGUCCAGGUUCUGAUCCAAUCUGGCUCCAUGAUGUGGCCUGUUCAGGAAGUGAGAGUUAUCUGACUGAGUGUCAACACCCAGGAUUUGGAACAGAGGACUGUGAACACAAUGAGGACGCUGGUGUCAUUUGUUCAGGUUCUCAGAUCAGACUGGCUGGUCCUGGUUCUACUCGGUGCUCUGGUAGGGUUGAGGUCUUCCAUGGUGGUACCUGGGGAACAGUCUGUGAUGAUGGAUGGGACUUAAAUGAUGCUCAGGUGGUUUGUAGACAGCUGAACUGUGGGACGGCAGUGCGUGCCCCAGGCUCCGCCCACUUUGGUCCAGGUUCUGACCCAACCUGGCUCGAUGAUGUGGCCUGUUCAGGAAAUGAGAGUUCUCUGACUGAGUGUCCACACCCAGGAUUUGGAACAGAGGACUGUGAACACGAUGAGGACGCUGGUGUCAUUUGUUCAGAUCACAUCAGACUGGUUGGUCCUGGUUCUACUCGGUGCUCUGGUAGGGUUGAGGUCUUCCAUGGUGGUACCUGGGGAACAGUCUGUGAUGAUGGAUGGGACUUAAAUGAUGCUCAGGUGGUUUGUAGACAGCUGAACUGUGGGACGGCAGUGCGUGCCCUAGGCUCCGCCCACUUUGGUCGAGGUUCUGGUCCAAUCUGGCUCGAUGAUGUGGCCUGUUCAGGAAGUGAGAGUUCUCUGACUGAGUGUCCACACCCAGGAUUUGGAACAGAGGACUGUGGACACCGAGAGGACGCUGGUGUCAUUUGUUCAGGGCUCCUGUCUGAAAACAACAGCACUGCAACAGGGUCUGUCCACUUCAGGUUGGUCACACGAGUGGCUGAGUUCUGCAGAAGCUGGAGGUGUGAAGUUCUAUCUGUAGGAAGAUCAGGAAGCAGAGCAUUACUGUAG